AUGGAUCUAGAAAUUGCAAACUUCCUAUCAGCAUACCUGGUGGAUAAAAUAGGUAGGAAGUACUGCAUAAUUCUGUCGUGCGUGCCGAAGAUCCUGGUGGGCCUGCUGUUCACCUUCGCCUCGGAGGUCUGGAUGCUGAUGUUGGGACGCGCCUUGCUCGGCAUAUCGGAUGCUUUCGUCUUCACCGUUGUGCCUAUUUAUGCCUCCGAAAUUGCUAGCAAAGAGAUUCGAGGAGCUCUCGGGACGAUACUCCAGAUACUAUGCUCGUUGGGCGUGGUCAUCAUGUUGUGUAUGGGACCGUUCAUAUCCUACGUCAAUCUGAAUGUCAUCUUUACUGUCUUCACAAUAGUGUCCACAAUACCACUUAUAUUUUUACCUGAUAGCCCGUAUUUCUUGUACUCUAAAGGCAAGAACAAGGAAGCAUUCGAAGUCCUUAAAAUGCUACGAGGCACAGAGAUAUUAGCAAACGAAGAACUAAAAGAAUACGCGCUGGAAGACCACAAAGUGGACGUCAAGAUAACAGAACUAUUCAGAAACAGGAUCUUCCUGAAGUCAUUCGGGAUUGUCAUCUUCAUUGGCAUCUUGAUACAGGCGAUAGGGUUCAAUUCGAUAUCAUUCUACCUGCAAACGAUAUUGGAGUCGACGAAGACCAGCGUGAAACCGGAGGUAGCUUCGGUGAUCAUAGGAAUCAUUCAGCUGGUAGCAAGUGUUUGUACCACACUGGUCACUGAUAGGUUCGGCAGGAAGCCUAUUUUAUCCACAACUUUAGUUGGAAUGACUGUUGGAAUGAUCGGUUUGGGCGUGUUCUUCAAGUUGAAAGACUCUGGUCCAAUAAGUGGUGCUAUGAACUUCUUGCCAAUCGUAUCUUUGAUAUUAGUUGUCUUCGGAUAUAGUGCAGUCUGGGUGUUGACUGCAGAACUCUUCGAGGACUCCGCGCGAGGCAUCGGGAUCUGCCUCUCCAGCGUUCUCUCUUACAUCUCCUUAUUCCUCAUGACGAAGUAUUUUGAGCAAAUGGUCACAGCCAUCGGCCCUGCAGUAACCUACUGGAUCUUCAGCGUUAACGGUGUCAUUUUCACAUUGUUUAUCCUGUUUUGCAUUCCUGAGACGAAGGGGAAGAGUUUCUCCGAAAUCCAGAUUGCUCUGGGCGCUAAAGAUAGGAAUAUAGCAGAGGAAAAGACUAAAUGUUGAGCUAUUCGGCCUAAAUUUUUUGAGUUUCUUAGUAUCUAUCUUAGGAACCGCUUGCACAUGAUUAAAAUGCUACUGAAAUUAAUCGCGUGAAAUGAAGACACUGCAUAGUUGAUGUGUUUGACUGCGAGUUUGUUUCAAUAAGCGUACGGUUUUGCAAGCGAUUGCCAACAGAAAUACCAUUUUUUAAGAAUAGCUAUAAUAACGUUCUCAACAAAAAAUCUCUGAAAUAACAAAACAUAAUUAUAUGAUUUUUAAGUGAUUCAUUCAAAGUGACCUUUAAGAA